AUGAACGAGGAAGACCAAGCAGUACAUUCUCUAUUGCAGAUACUCAAAAUGAUCGGAUGGUUCGACGCGUUUCGAGAAGACUUUGGCCCAUCAAACUUCGGCACCAUCUCACAUCCAUGCAUUAAUGUUAGGGUAGGUUACAAUGAAAUUUAAUUAUGGUAUUCGUUUAAAAUUAUAGAGCUGUAUAAGAGGAGGAGGGUAUAGAAGGUUUGGGCAGAGUAGGGAAGGGUAAAGCAGGGUAGAGCUACGAAUAAGGUAAAAUGCGGUGGGAUGGGAUAAGGUAAGGUAAAGUCAAAUAAGGCCAGCUAUGGUAGGGUACUGUAGAGUAAAGUACGGUAAGGUAGGGCAGGAUAGACGGUAAGGCAGGUUUAGGUAGGACAAGGUAAAAUGUGACGGGGUACGGUAGGUUAGAAUUAGACACGGUAGACAUAAGAAAAGGGCCGGGGAUUGUGUUAGUAGUGUAUGUAGAGUCGGGUAGGGUAGAAUAAGGGAUAGGGUAUGGUAGGGUGAGAUAGGGUAGGGCAGGAUAAAGUAAUUCAGGGUAGGAGGAGUAGGCUAAGGUAGAGUAAAGUAAGCUAGAGCAAUUUUUUUUCAAAAAAAUUGAACUUGGUCUCCCCUGUGAAUUUUUUUUCGAAAUGUCAAAAAAAAUCCAAAAAAAAAUUUUUUUUCGAUGAAACGUCCGUAUUUUACAUUAAAUUUCACCAAUUAUUUCAAAAUUCCUUUUUAGACCAUAAUAAUAUUCUCGAUAUUUGUCCUGCCCUACAUUUCCUUCUUACUAAUUUUGCCCGGCGUCCGUGAGAAGCGUUUCGUGUCGUUUGUCACCAUUACCAUUCAACUGCUCGUUGGUAUUUUAAUCAUUGGUACGAAGUUUUGAAACUUUUUUUAAUUAAAAAAAAAUUUUUUUUUAGUUUUUAAAACUUUUCAAAAAAAUUUUAAAUUUUUUUUGCUUUAUGCCAUUUUAUGAAAGACCCUAAAUUUUCAGCUUCUCUCCGACUACCGUACUGGAGUGUUGGGGAUGCUGUGAUGAUAUCCCAACUCAAAGCCCAUUCAUCUCAACGACAUGAAGCUAAGAUUGGCGUGAGAGUUGGCCUCAAGUCCAUCAAUAUUACUAUGAAAUGUAAGUUACCCUACCGUACUCUACCCUACCUUACCCUACCCUACCCUACCCUACCCUACCCUACCCUACCCUACCCUACCCUACCCUACCCUACCCUACCCUACCCUACCCUACCCUACCCUACCCUACCCUACCCUACCUUACACUACUUGACCCUACCCUACCCUACCGAACCCUGCCCUAUCUUAUGCUACCAUAAGCCAUUUUAUCUUACCUUUACCUUGCCAUAAUUUUCCCUACUGUACUCUAUGAUGCAUUAUACUAUCCUACAGUAUGUCACCCUAUCCUACCCUGUCUUAGCUUGCCCUUUCUUGCCUUUGCUCUUCAUGUCCUGCCUUGCGCUGUCCUACCUUAUCCUACCCUGCUCUGCUAUUCCCUACUUUUUGCCUUACCGUAUCCCCUCUGAUACGCUACUCAAUCUUAUUUUGCCCUUUAACCCUCACUACUAUCCCCAAUUCUACUCUACCCCGCCAUACCUUAACCUCCAAUACUACGCCCUACCCUACCCUAACCUUAACGUCACCAUUCCAGGUGCAUCCCUACUAGAAGACAAUUCUGUGAAGCCGAUCUCAGCAGAAACCCAGAUGUACAUCAACGAGAAGUUCACGAUAGACGUGGUGAAAGACAUGGACCUGGAGAUGAACUCAGCCUACGAAGAAGGCCUGCCCUAUCCAGUACUAAAGGUCCUAGAGUACUUCCGGAUCAGUGAGAACUCGUUUGACUACGGUAUGCAGUACAGACAAGCCGGACACUACGCUGGUGCUGUCAUUUGGGCAGGGUUCGCGUGCUGGUGUUGGCAGACCUUGUUGUUGUUGUUCUUGCCCCACCACUACUCUAAGGUCGGCGUACUGAGCGGAGUGUUGGUGCUGGUUGGGGAUGUUGUGUAUGCUGUCAUAUCGCCGGCUGAACUGAUCGUUCCUUUCAUGGGGCCUCAGAAGCAGACCGUCUACUUGGUCAUGGGGUAUGGAACGUCGUUCUACUUGAGUCUGGCUGCAGGUAAGGGAUAGUACGGUAUAGUUCGUUUAGGCUUGGUUUCACGUGACUAGGCUUAUGCUUACGCGGCAUAGGUUUAGUCGGCUUUGGCUUUAUAGGCUUACGUGCGAGUCUUAGGCCUUAGGCUUAGUUACAUCAGGCUUAGUAGGCUUUGUCUUAGUAGGCUUAGGCUUAGUAGGCUUAGGCUUAAUUGGCUUAGGUUUUGUAGGCUUAGGCUCACUCGGCUUAAGUUUAGUAAGCUAAGGAUGAGUAGGCGUAGGCGUAGUAGGCUUACGCUUAGUAGGCUUAGGUUUAGUAGGCUUAGGUUUAGUAGGCUUAGUAGGCUUAGGCUUAGUAGGCUUAGGCUUAGUAGGCUUAGCAAGUUUAGGUUUAACAUAGAUUUUUUUUUCCGAUUUUUUUGACCCCCCCCCCUUCUUUAUAAAGAAAUAUAACUGAACCUUUUUAGGUAUCAUAUCAAUUCUGUUCGGCCUCUCCCUCACCAUCCUCCAAUACAUCCGCCUCUACUCCCUCUCCACCCUACUCAGUGCCUCAAUGGACGAGACCGUCGGCCCAAAGUGCAAAUACGGCCGACCAAUGCACUCGGUCGAAGACUACGAGAUCAGUCGUCGUAUCUUGGCGUUCGCCGACUCUACCAACAUACCACACAAACAAACCGAUGUGACCGACCCUAACUUGCUUAUUGUGAAGCAUAUUACAGUAGGAUCGAGCUCAGGGUUCCAGUCGGGAUCAUCGUUACGGUCAUCGACCAAGUCGAUACUGUCGAGUUUGGCAUCGGACCGGCUGCAGCGUACGAUGAGUACGGAUACGAUGGACAAUUCACAUAUGACCGACGAUGAUGGUCAGAAAAUUGAUGGGUUUGUGCAUCAUGAUGUUUGA